AUUUAUCUUUUGCGCGCAUUUUCAAUAUUUUUCUGCAGGAUUUCGAGUAGAAGGGCAUUUUGAGGAUUCGGAGCACCCUGGAACUUCGCCAUGGCAUUCAGCAAUUUGGGAAGCAUGAACCUCCCUCGCAAACCAGAAGCAGUGGGGACCGAUUUGCUGGAGAUUGAUUCAGACCUCGAAUUGGGCAUCGACCAAUUGGACACUGGGUUGCUGCCGUGUGGUUUCCCUGAGAGAGAGCCAGCAGAGUUGCUGGAGUCUUUGUGGGAUGACUUGUCGUCCGGAGUUGCCGAUCGCCAUGCGGUCCACACGACCCCUGUUUGGGCAGAGUCGUCGUCCCCACCAUCGAUCAAGAUGGACCAGCAUGAGAUGUGGACCCUGCUCAAAGACAUCAAGAAUAAUCCGGAGAGGUUCACGGAUGAGAUUAUGCAGAAUCGCAUUGUGGGCCUUUGAUUUGUCUACAAAUUAGGGCGCGCUCCGCCCUUGUGCGGAUGAGGCCUCCUUAAUUUGUCUUGGACAGAAACCACUCAGUAGUCUCCUUGCACGCCAGUGCCCGUUUGAAAGCGAGUGUCGAAGCAGAAUCAUGCGUUUGGCUGAUGACUUCAAAUUUGAAGGCAAAAGCUUCGUGACAGGGCACGUCCGUGGCUGUUUAAGUGCCCGGUCAUGUCUUGUGUUCGGUCGCCCCUGCUGCUGUAUUCCUCUAACCGACAUUUGUGAGGGAAGCCUUGAACGAGGUUGCUCUUUGGCUGGAAACGACCGCAAUGACUUGCAAUCCUUUUGCGGCAACAUUGCUUGGCCAGCAAUUGUUUGGGCAAAGUCUUAAUGCAUCUCAACGGUCUCAGAGGGUUUGAGUAAGGUUCCCUGGGAUUGUCAGCAUACAGUUUUGCGCAUUUGUUGGCCAACCUGCUACGAGCUGCCUAGAGCCGGCCAGUAGUCCUUUGUCAUUACCAUUCCUCCAAUCUAUGUCAAAUGUCCAGGGCAAGGCCACAUCUCAAGGUGACAGCCUUCGCCUUCAGUCUUUUCUCAUUGCCUUUAGGGCAAAGGGUGCAUGCAUGCUUUGC